AUGUGCCGCGUCUCUAAACAGCAGACGGUGGUCGUGUCGACCUGCGCGAAUGGCAAGGGGGCGAGCUGCUACCACAGGACGGACAGCGCCGUGCACAGCGUCGCGGGCAAGUGCACCGUGUGCAGGAGGAAGGACGAGCAGGCGCAGCGUCUCUUUGGCGACAGAAGCGCCGAGGCGAGCCUCUCGCAAGGCAGAGAUCCAGGGAAAGCCUAG